CCUAAAUUGCUGUCAGUAUAGAGACGACAGCAGCGGGCCGGGCGGGUCAGGGCCGGCGCUUCCAUCGCGGCGUCUCUUCAUUUCUACUCCUGACAGGCGCGAACUGGGCAGCCCGUGGGGUCCUCUCUGGCACACACAUGGCGGCCCUGUGGUGCUGCGCUGCCAGGAGAGGCGGCUUCGUUAUACCACUCAGGUGUAGUCGGGGUUUAGCAGGUCAGAACUAUGACUAUGAUUUGCUGGUUAUUGGUGGAGGUUCUGGUGGCCUUGCGUGCGCCAAAGAAGCUGCCCAAUUUGGAAAACGAGUUGCAGUGUUUGAUUACGUGAAUCCAUCCCCUAGAGGAACAAAAUGGGGUAUUGGAGGGACGUGUGUGAAUGUUGGAUGCAUUCCCAAAAAACUGAUGCACCAGGCAGCUCUGCUAGGCGGUGACUUAAAGGAUGCCCCUCACUAUGGCUGGAUUAUACCCCAUCCUGUUCAACAUGACUGGUCCACGAUGGCACAAGCUGUCCAAAAUUAUGUGAAAUCACUAAAUUGGGGUCACAGAGUACAGUUGCAGGACAAGAAGGUGAAAUAUUUUAACCUGAAGGCCAGUCUCGUAGAUGAACACACAGUGCAAGGGCUAACAGACACUGGAAAACAGACUGUCGUGACUGCAAACAACAUAGUAAUAGCUGCUGGAGGAAGACCAAAAUAUCCUACUAAUGUUCCCGGAGCAGUGGAAAAUUGUAUUACCAGCGAUGAUCUGUUUUGGCUGAAAGAAUCACCUGGGAAAAUAUUGGUUGUUGGAGCCAGCUAUGUUUCAUUAGAGUGUGCAGGGUUCUUGUCUGGAAUCGGACUGGAUGCCACUGUCAUGGUGCGAAGUAUAUCUCUCAGAGGGUUUGAUCAGCAAAUGGCUACCCUAGUGACAGACUACAUGGAGUCGUAUGGUACAAAGUUCUUGAGGAAAUGUAUUCCAUCCAGUGUAGAAAAGCUGAGUAGUGGAAAACUGCAGGUGACCUGGAAAAACGUUGAUUCUGGUAAAGAAGGAAUGGAUGUGUUUGACACAGUAAUGUGGGCUGUAGGCCGUGUCCCUGAAACAAAGUAUCUGAAUUUGGAGAAGGUAGGCGUGAACAUUAAUCCAGACACAGGGAAGAUCAUUGUUGAUUCUUCAGAAGCCACAUCAGUGCCAAACAUAUUUGCUGUUGGGGACAAUACAGAGAGUCGCCCGGAGCUGACACCAACAGCCAUUGCUGCCGGAAAGCUUUUGGCUCGACGCUUGUUCAAUAACGCUACAGAAUUGAUGGAUUAUGACAGUGUACCCACUACAGUGUUCACCCCUCUGGAAUAUGGCUGUGUUGGCCUGUCUGAGGAAGAUGCCACAGAUUUCCAUGGGGAGGAUGCUAUUGAGGUCUUCCAUGCUUUUUACAAACCUUUGGAAUACACAGUGGCUGGCAGAGCUGCGUCUCAAUGUUAUAUUAAGAUGAUUUGUCUCAAGGGGCCGCUGAAGACAAUUCUAGGUCUACACUUCACAGGGCCCAAUGCCGGAGAAGUCAUCCAAGGAUUUGCCCUCGGAAUAAAUAGUAGUAGUAGUAAGAAGGAACAAGAUGGUGGAAGACUCAUGAAGAGACAUCGUUCAGCACUAAGGAGAGGAAAUAACCCCUUGUGGAGGAAACCUCUGGGGACCCAUGGCUGAAGGAUUGCCCAUCCCUCUAGGCAUUAAGAGACUCUGCAGAGUGUCCCCAGACCACCCACUCACUAACUUUGCAUAACCCAGUCAUCCCUUCUGUCUUCUAUUUUGUCUUAUUUUAAAAAAAAUAUUAUUAGUAUUAUUUACUCUGCAUUGAAAAAUAGGGAAUUCCGGACCAAGAUUGGUCCAGAAUUCUUAAAAACUUGUCCUAUAAGAGGAACAAGAUGGCGGAAGCCUCAUGACUCAUGAAGAGUUAGUCAUCAUUCAGCACUGAGGAGAGGAAACACCUCUUCAGGGAGGAAACCUCUGGGGACCUAUGGCUGAAGGAUUACCCGUCCCUCUAGGCAUUAAGAGACUCUGCAGAGUUUCCCCAGACCACCCACCCACUAACUUUGCAUAACCCAGUCAUCCCUUCUGUCUUCUAUUUUGUCUUAUUUAUUUCUAAAUAUUAUUAGUAUUAUUUACUCUGCAUUAAAAAAUAGGGAAUUCCAGACCAAGAUUGGUCCAGAAUUGUUAAAAACUUGUCCUAUAAGAGGAACAAGAUAGCGGAAGCCUCAUGACUUAUGAAGAGUUAGUCAUCAUUCAGCACUGAGGAGAGGAAACACCCCUUCGGGGAGGAAACCUCUGGGGACCCAUGGCUGAAGGAUUACCCGUCCCUCUAGGCAUUAAGAAACUCUGCAGAGUUUUCCCAGACCACCCACCCACCAACUUUGCAUAACCCAGUCAUCCCUUCUGUCUUCUUUUUUGUCUUAGUCUUUUUUAAUUAUUAUUUACUCUGCAUUGAAAAAUAGGGAAUUCCAGACCAAGAUUGGUCCAGAAUUCUUAAAAACGUCCUAUAAGAGGAACAAGAUGGCAGAAGCCUCAUGACUCAUUAAGAGGUAGUCAUCAUUCAGCACUGAGGAUAGGAAACACCCCCUCGGGGAGGAAAACUAUGGGGACCCAUGGCUGGAGGAUUGCCCUUCCCUCUAAGCAUUAAGAGACUCUGCAGAGUUUCCCUAGACCACCCAGUCACUAACUUUGCAUAACCCAGUCAUCCCUUCUGUCUUCUAUUUUGUCUUUUUUUUUUUUUAUUAUUAUUAUUAUUAGUAUUAUUUACUCUGCAUUACAAAAAUAAGGAAUUCCGGACUAAGAUUGGUCCACAUUUCUUAAAAACUUGUCCUAUAAGAGGAACAAGAUGGUGGAAGCCUCAUGACUCAUGAAGAGUCAUCCUUCAACACUAAGGAGAGGAAAAAUCUCCUUGUGGAGGAAACCUCUGUGGAUCCAUGGCUGAAGGACUCCUUGUCCCUCUAGGCAUUAAAAGACUAUGCAGAUUUUGCCCAGACAAUUCACCCACCCACAUACCCAGUCGUUCCUUCUGUCUUUUUUUUCAUGUUCUUUUUCUUAUAUUUUAAAUAAUUAAUUAUUAUUAUUAUUAUUAUUAUUAUUAGUAUUAUAUAUCUCUGUAUUAAAAAAUAGGGAAUUAUUAUCUUAUGUAUAUAAGAUGGAAUGGAUAGAAUGUGCUUUGGAUUUGGAGGCUAGGGCCCACAGCUUUUUUAAUAUCUGGUAACCCUACGUUCUUACACUGUCAGAUGGGGAGAAAGAUUUUCUAAGGGGUAUGGUACGUCUUACUUCUUGGUAUAAUCUCUAUCUAUUAGAUAACGGUUCCUACCUUUUUAAGAAGAUAUGCACCAUCUUUGUUUCCUUGAAUCUCAAGUAAUCCACUGUGACAAAUAUCCUUUUGUGGAGCUAUGUCAUUUAUUUAUUAUUGAUGUAUACUUGCCAACCUGAUGUGUAUA